CCCGUUACCAAAGGAGCUCCUACCACCUCAGUUGGAAAUUUGUCGAUUUACGAAUAUUCUAUUCAUCCAUGUUUCUCACAGUUAAUUCCAAGCAACCUUCACUGGACAUGCUGAUUCAAAAGAAUGUCGUAUAGGGAAGAAAACGAAAAGUUAAUACCACGAUUAAAGCGAGCUGAUAUUGUGAGGAUAGAGAGGGAUAAAGGCUAUUUCCAUUUCGCCUUAUACAUUGGUGAUAUGAUGGCUAUUCAUUUAGUUGGUCCAUCACAUAUAUGUGGCAUAUCAUCAGGUGGUUUAUCAAGUGGAUCUAUGGCAGCAGCAACUUGUUUACAAUGUACAUUUGGCGAGGUGAAAAAGGAACUCUUAUUAGAAAUUGCAGGCAAAGACUUGAUUAGCAUCGCUAAUAUAAAUGAGCCGUUUGAUGAUGAAAGUGAAGUAAUUAAGAGAGCUGAAGCACAAAUAGGUGUACAUCACUACAACCUGUUGAAGUACAACUGUGAGCACUUUGUCAAUCACAUGAAAUACAAUUUAAAAAGAAGUAUGCAAGUUGAGAAUAUAAAGCGUAAUCCUUCAAUACAUAUUACAGGCAUAGUACUUGCGUCAUCGAAUACGCUGAGUGAUGUAUCUAAUCAAAUAUGAUGGCCUUGCAGCGUAAGAGUGUUCUGGAACUGGGAAACAUGGAGCUUAUAAAGAGAGCUUACUUCUUCAAUCAAGACUAUAGACCGCAGUGAUCAAAUUGCAUUAUUAGAGACUGAUGGAGAUAAAUUUAACCACAACUAGUGUUUGCAAUGUACACGGUUCUCAUGUUUACCUUUAGAAGCAGUUUAAUUUUCUAAAUAACUAGUGUUAGAGGAUAUAUGGGGUGGGGGGGGGGUUGAUUUCAAAAGUCUGUCCGUAAUUUUACAACAGCUAAUGACAUCUAACGUUGGAAGCUGCUUUACUUAUAGGAAUGUUGAUGUGGUGGGUGAGAUAGUUUCUUGAUGCGUGCAUUGUAUUCAGACUAUUCAGACAACGAGUUUUUUAAAAAUAGUGUUUGUGUUGCGCUUAAUUAGCCGAGGUCUUCUUUCUACCU